UUUUCGGGCACACGCUUCUCUGUUUUUCCCCCCCUUCAAAAAGCUCUCUCCUUUUGAGCCGCUGAGGCCAGACGGGUCUUGGGUUUUUGUGGGGGCGCCCGUAAGCGUUGUGGGUUCCUCGCCUUUUUUUCUGGGAGGGACUUUUUUUGGCGCUGCCGUCGAGGGUGGCGAAGCUCUGUGCAGGGUUCUGCCCAGAUAAGUCCGUCGUCCCUUUCUCUCUGGCGAACGACAUUUUGGAUUGAAUCUUCAGGAGUUGCGUCUUGGGUGUGUGUGUUUUCUUUUGGGUUCAACCUGUGGUGAUUUUUAGUGCUGGGUUUGUGUGAGAGGUGAGCUGCAGUUUGGUCUGGUUAGGCUUGAUCCAGGAGAUUUUGUGGGAUUCGUGUUGUAGUGGCUGGAUUAAUGUUUCUGUGAUGGGAAAGGUGCUUGCUUGAGGAUCUGGGAACUGUCAGAAGGAUCCCAAAGAGUGAGUAGAAUUUGCUUGAGCUGGGUGAGGAAAAAGAUGGGUUUGCUUCGUUUUGGCCCUCAGGGUAAAUGAAUUUGCGUUGGCAGAUGGCUAUGCUCGCUUGAAAAAUUUAUCAAAUAGGGUUUUAAGUGAGAUAAGCUCGCGUGUCUUGAUUAAUUGUUGUUUGGGUAAAGCAAUGGAAGGGAAUAUGUCACAAGGAGGUAUGAUCCCGGGUAAUCCUGCAUAUGGAGGUCUAGAUUUGCAGAGAUCAAUGCAAAUCCACGGUCAAGCACAACAAUCACACACGCUUCAUCAGCCACAUCACUCUCAUCCUCGCCAAACGCCUGGAGUCCACCCCUCGAUCCACGAGGGUUUCCCACUUACCAUGGGAGCGUUGCCAGGUUGCGAUCAGAUGAUCUCUGUGGGAGAUUUCAACAAAGGGGAGAGGUGCAAGAACUCGGCAAGCGAUGACGAUGAUCCAAGCUUUACCGAAGAUGGUAUCGAUAAUCAUAAUGAUGUAAGCAAAGGGAAAAAAGGGUCACCAUGGCAAAGGGUGAAAUGGACUGAUAAGAUGGUUAGACUUCUGAUCACCGCCGUCUCCUAUAUAGGUGAAGAUUCGGGUUCAGAUUGUGGGGGUGGGGGACGAAGAAAGUUUGCUGUCUUGCAGAAAAAGGGUAAAUGGAAGUCAAUUUCGAAGGUCUUGGCUGAGAGGGGUUACCAUGUCUCACCUCAGCAGUGUGAGGAUAAGUUCAACGACCUUAAUAAGAGGUACAAGAAACUCAACGAUAUGCUUGGUCGGGGGACUUCUUGCCAGGUGGUUGAGAAUCCUGCACUUUUGGAUAUGAUAGAGUUCCUUUCGGAGAAGGAGAAGGAUGAUGUCAGGAAAAUUUUGAGUUCAAAGCAUUUGUUCUAUGAAGAGAUGUGCUCUUACCACAAUAGCAAUCGGCUACAUUUACCUCAUGACCCAGCCUUACAACGCUCUCUGCAGCAGGCUCUCAGAAGUAGAGAUGAUCAUGAGAAUAAUGAUGUCAGAAGAAACAACCCUGAUGACUUUGAUGAGGACGAUCAAGAUGUGGAUAAUGAUGAUCACGACGAACAUGAGGAGAAUUAUGCUCCUCAUGGUGAUGGCAGGACAAUGUGUGGGGUUUUAAAGGGUUCUGCGAAGAGGAUGAAGCAAGCCCAAGGCCAUGAAGAUUUCAGUUUUGGUUCUUCUUUGAAUGUUCAAGAGUUCAACAAAAGCUCCCAUUCCCAUUCUCAUAUGGUACAUCCUGAUAUGAAUCAAACUUUUUCAGAGAACAGGGCUUGGUCACAGAAGCAGUCGAAUGAAUCUCGUUCACUUCAACUGGAAGAACAGAAGUUACAAAUUCAAUAUGAGAUGUUGGAGUUGGAGAAACAGCGCUUCAAAUGGGAGAGAUUUUGCAAGAAAAGAGACCGCGAAUUAGAAAAGAUGAAAAUGGAAAAUGAAAAGAUGAAGCUUGAAAAUGAACGUAUGGCCUUAGAAUUGAGACGAAAGGAGAUGGGUGUUGACUUUAGUUAGACAGAUAGCGAGGUCAGUCUUGUCCUUUUUGAGAUUAUCAACAUGAAAUGCAGCUUUCCUUCUGUGGCUAGUAGCUGCCAUUAAAUAUUCAGUGGAGUGGUGCUACUCAAAUUCCAGUAGUUGAUGUUUAUUGCAAAAGAGAGAAAAUAUUCCGCUAGUAGAUGAGUGGCGAUAUGUGACGGUCUGUUUCUUCUUGUUGACCCUCAUCUUGUAAUGUCUCUCAUGUACUUGGUUUUACUUGUGAUAUAUCUUUAGCCACCAGAUUUUUGCCU